CCUCUCCUCCCUCUCGGUAGCCAUGGCCGACAAGGAGUGGCUCCGCGAGUACCAGCGACAGGUCACAGCCCUCAACGAGGUGAACAAGGAUGUGACACAGCGGAACAACCUGCUUAGAUCAGGGCAGGAUGUCUCAUCGCUGACUUCAAAGAUCAACCGCCAGCUGAGCCUGGUGGCCUCGUCGGUCAACACCCUCCGCGCACGGGUCGAUGCCAUUCCGGUGACCGAGGGCGAGCGCGCGCGGCGGAGGGAUCUGUGUGCCACGCUGAUGGCGCGGAAGGAGAAGGCGUCGGCGGCGAUGAAGGUGGCGGGUGCGGCGUCGCGGGCGUCGCUGAUGGGCGGGCCGGGUGGAAGCAGCAGUGGGCAGCAGCGCUCGCGGUGGGGGACUGUCGAGCAGGAGGAUACCAUCGACAAGAACAACCAGGAUCUGCUGCAGAUGCAGAGCCAGAUCAUGCGCCAGCAGGACGACGGGCUGGACGUGCUGGCACAGACUGUGGCACGGCAGAAGGAGCUUGGUCAGGCCAUCAACCGCGAGCUCGAUGAGCAGAUGCCGCUGCUUGACCGUCUUGACCGCCACGUCGACACCACCGGAGCCGCCGUGCAGAAAGAGACUCGCCGGGUCAUUCGUCUCACCCGCAAGUCUGCCGCAGGCGGCGGCUUUUGCUGCCUCGUCUUCUGCAUCAUCCUCUUUGCCGCCCUCGCCGCCACAGACUGGGGCUGCAAGAUCGUCAAGUCCAAGUCUCGCUGCUAGAGAUGCGACGUUGCAAGCCCCACGCACCCAUACUCCUGUCGAACACAGCCACAAUCAUAGCCACAACAA